AUGGGUGCCAACUUGAAAGAACACCAGGAACAGGCUCCAGGCCCUGCUACCGCACCGGUAGCGGUCCAGAAAGCGGCCGCGAACUACAAGGGAUUCGUAGCUGGCGUCUUUUCGGGCAUCGCCAAGCUCUCCGUCGGCCACCCCUUCGACACCAUCAAAGUGCGCCUCCAAACCAGCGACGCCACCCGCUUCUCCGGCCCGCUCCAAUGCCUUACCCAAACCAUCCGCAACGAAGGUAUCCUGGGUCUCUACAAGGGCGCCAGCCCGCCACUGGUCGGCUGGAUGUUCAUGGACAGUGUUAUGCUCGGCUCUUUGACUGUCUAUCGCCGCCUUUUGCGCGACAACCUGUUCAACCCGCCCUGGCACCCCUUGCACGACCCCGCCAAACCCUUGCCUUCGCAUGGCCACGGGUUGGCGGGUAUUCUGGCGGGCAUGACGGUCAGCUUCAUUGCAGCGCCCGUGGAACACGUGAAAGCCAGACUGCAGAUCCAGUACGCGGCGCGUAAGGAGGAGAGGAUGUAUAAGGGCCCCAUUGACUGCCUCAAAAAGGUGUACACGCACCACGGUAUCAGGGGCGUGUAUCACGGCUUGGGAGCGACGAUAUUGUUUCGCAGCUUCUUCUUCUUUUGGUGGGGCACGUAUGAUGUGUUCAGCAGGUGGAUGAAGCAGUACACGCAGAUGAGCACACCGGCUAUCAAUUUCUGGGCGGGCGGGCUGAGCGCGCAAGUGUUUUGGCUGACUAGUUACCCGAGCGAUGUUGUGAAGCAACGGUUCAUGACGGAUAAUCUUGGAGGAGGGCUCGGUGAUGGCGUCAGGAGGUUCCCGAGGUGGAGGGACGCCGCGGUGGCGGUUUACAGGGAGAAUGGUGCGAAGGGAUACUGGCGCGGGUUUUUGCCUUGCUUCUUAAGGGCAUUCCCGGCGAAUGCGAUGGCACUGUUGGUGUUUGAGGGCGUCAUGAGGUCGUUGCCUGGGUAAGCGGAAGUGCUACCGAGGUCGGACAUUGGGUUGUGGUGAUAUACCUCGAGAGGUUAUGGCGGCGCAUAGGCGUUCGGUUGUCUCUUUACUUUUGGCAUUUGGGUAUGAUACUCCUAGAACGGAGGCGUUAUAGAUGGUGCACAAUUAACCGGCAAUGUUACAG